AUGCUUCAACUGGCAACAUCAUCAUGGACUUCAUGCUCCGCCUCGAGUCCUCAGCCAGUGGGCGUUCGACGGGGUGGGCCGCGAGUCUCCUACAUCAAGCCCAUUUGCUCUCAUGCUGGAGUCGCUUGUGCUGCUGCAGCUUCACUCUGCGGAAGAGCGGAUCUUCGCAGGCGAAGAAGGUCCGAACGGUUCGGCUCGGCGCAGCCUGUUGUUGAGAGGGCGCCAUUGCCAUCUUCCGGCCGCUUGAGAAUUGAGGGAAGCCACUUUGCGGACGACAACGGCCGCAUCGUCAUACCGAAGGGCAUCAACUUUUCAGGGUUGUCAAAGGUACCCCUGACACCGAAUGGUGCUACACAUAUUAGAGGACCACAAUUCUAUGAGCAUCGCGAGGUAAGCUUCGUUGGCCGCCCGUGUUCCCUUGAGGACUUGGACAUGCAUCUGCAGCGCUUGACCGAUUGGGGGUUUAAUUUGCUGAGGUUGCUCGUUACCUGGGAAGCUGUGGAGCAUGCUGGACCGGGCAUAUACGAUGGUGAAUACCUUCAGUUCAUUGCGAGGGUUUGUGAGCGAGCGGCGGAUUAUGGAUUUUGGAUUGUUAUUGAUCCUCAUCAAGACUGUUGGUCGAGGUGGACAGGUGGGGAUGGUGCUCCGGGCUGGACUCUGGAGGCUGCCGGCUUCCAUAUAGGCCCUGCUCUUCACACAUCGGGGGCUGCUUUUCUACACCAAGAAAACGGAGAUCCAUUGCCUUCUAUGUCAUGGCCUUCAAACUACGACAGACUGGCAUGCGCAACGAUGUUUAGCCUCUUCUGGGCUGGCGAUCGGAUUGCUCCUUCCGUGACGAGCCAGGUUGGCACAGGUGAUGCAUCACUUCAGCAGCUGCUUCAAGAUGGGUUCAUCAACGCGAUGGUUCAGAUUGCCAGGAGUGUGAAACAUGUGCCAUCUGUGUUGGGUUUCGAGACUAUGAACGAACCGCAUCCUGGAUGGCUAGGAAGGAGCGACUUCACCAAGGCACAGUUCGGGGCGGUUUCAGCAGGACAGAGCCCGCUGGAGCAGCUGCAGCGAUGUGCGCCCGGUGAGGGGUCACCAUGGGCAUCUUCCUGCUUGUGGGCGCAGGCCGGCGUGUGGGAUCCACUCAGCCAGGAAUUGCUCGAUGCUUCGAGCUUCGAGUGUGACUGGUUGGCGGACUGCUUUGCUCCCUUCGUGACGAGAUUCGCUGAGAAAGUGGUUGGCGAAAUGCCACAUGCACUCAUCGGUGUUUGUCCACCAGCGUUUGGAAAAGAGGGUCAACAGCCGUUCCCUGAAAAGAUGCCAGCACAAGCCUUUUGGGCACCGCACUUUUAUGACGGUGUUGUGCUCGUGGGAAAGACAUGGACUCCAGCUUUCGGAAUAGAGGAGACCAAGCCAGGCACGACACUUCUAGGUGGCUUGCUUCCAGCCCCGCCAAUUGUUCCAGUGUUUGGGCUUCAGGAACGACUGGCGUCAUACAAGAGGCAGCUGGAGCAGAAGUGCAGACUGGCUUCACAAGAAACUGCCAGCAUGCUUGGAGAGAUUGGAGUUCCUUUUGAUAUCCAGUCCCCCGGCAUGACAACAAGAGAUGCUUUGAGUCAAGCCAUUGAUGUGCACAUGCGGGCCUUAGAGGAGCUCUUGCUCCCAUAUUGCUGGUGGAACUACACCCCGGAGAAUUGUAAGGCAAGAGGGGACGGCUGGAAUGGUGAAGAUCUCUCAAUUCUGGGGGAGGGCGGUGGACGGGCUUUGGAUGCCAUCGUGCGUCCUUGCCUUAUAGCAUGUGCAGGGAAGCCAGCACAUCAGGCUUUCAAUCUUCAAGAGCGCCGCUUUGAGUGCGAAUUUGACGCAGAUAUCGGGGAAACUAUCUUUUUCAUCCCUUCCAGGCACUUCAAGCCUGACAACGCCAUCUUGUCUGUCACACCAGGGACUCAUGUGGUUUGGAACGUCGAUUUGCAGUCUUUGCUUUGCCGUACUGAUCGCACAGGUCGUGUGGCGAUUGAUUUGCGCCAAAAAGAAAGCAAGUGA